GGUCAACGAAGAAUCAUGUUGGUUCUUUGAAGAUCAUGAAGGGAUGAAACAUGGGCCGCACUCUCUUAUGGAGCUUUAUUCAUGGUGUCAUUAUGGAUACAUUGUGGAUUCAGUGAUGAUACAUCAUGCUGCUGAUAAGUAUAGACCCUUUAGUUUGAAAUCUUUGAUUAGUAGUUGGACUACGGCUACCCCUGGAGCUCUCUUUUGUCUAAUCCCGAUGGGCAUGAGACUGCAUCCUUACAAGAUUUUGUUUCCGAAAUUUCUCAAGAAGUAUGCUCCCAGCUACAUAUGGUUAUCAUGAAAGCAGUCCGUAGGACUCUACUCGAUGAGAUUGUUAGCCAUGCAAUUUCAGAGUGCAUCACUGAAAAGAAAAAUCUCAAGAAAGCCACUAAUCAAAAGAAAGUCACUAAUCAAAAGAAAGUCACCAAUCAGUCUGUCAAGAUGUCAUCUCCUGGUACCAGAAUGUCUGCAGGUUUUGGUGGCAGUAAGGCCUUAAUUGAUCCUGAGAGGGGUGCAGAAGCUCCUAAUUUUCUUAACCGGAAAUCUCCUGCUGCUGAAAUCCCUUUGAAGUCGUCUUCAGGAAGCUCAAAAUCUGUUGGGAGCUUUGAGAACUGUUGUGAUUCUUAUACAGUUGUUUGCAGGAAAUUAUUGGACUCUUGCAUGCAAAGUAUCUGGAAUGCUGUCUUCUAUGACCAUGUUUCAGAGUAUUCAUCUGCGUGGAGGAAGAGAAAACGAUGGUCACCUCCUUGUCUGAUGGUUGAAUGGAACAUUCAAGCAAUAUUCAUCUCCAAAUUUAUGUCAUAG